AUGAGUGCUUCUAACCGAAAAUUAAAACGCCUACAAAAGAAGAGAUCCGCACCAAUUCCAGAUCUACAAGUUCCAAGAACGAGCAAAGAAAGCGGAAAGAAAGAAAUUGAUGACGUCUCGCUACUCUUGACGAUUAAACCAAUCGUCGCAUCUCUUUUGGAAUACAUCAAAGAGGUUGAAGAUCAUACUGACUCUGAACAGAAGCAGCUAGGGGAUGACAACCUCAUGGCAGUUGAAAGACUAAAGUACACGCAGCUCCGCGAUAUUUACUUGAAAAUCGUGCAUGAGGACAUGUCUAAGUACCUUCAGUUGUACCGAGAAAAAGUGGAGACUGAUGAAGAAGUCCAAGUUACGAAAAAAAUAGUGAGUAAUGUUAUAGCAAUGCUAAUACAAGCCAUGAUGUUUAUGGGCCGGGAUAUUGAAUAA